GGAUCCAUUAGUCUUGAAAGGUGUUUGCGUUUUCUCUUUCGAGACCUCAAUUGCAUAUACGGUUGCGGGUUGUGUACUUAUUCAUAUCCGUUUUUUUUAUUUUGCAUUCAUGCAGUUCCAGUCCGUCCCAUCGUGUGUCCUCAUUUUUCGACAUUCCAUAUUAUUUAUAAGAUUUUUCAUUUUCCUAUAGUUCGCUAUAUCCUUUUAAUCUGAAAUUCUUUUACUGUAUCGUAUUGUUGCAUGUCGUGCGGUGAGUUUUUUCUUUUUAUUUCGCUUAUCGAGCGAAACCCUACGGUCAAGACAUUGACAUUCUCUUCGGAACCGUUGUUUACAAUCCGCGAUUGUUAUGACGCUGUGUACAGUAAAUUUUAGACGAUUGUGUCAUCACAACGAUUGAGUGCGGGAUAACAUGAAACACGACUAUUAAAUAUGUACAAUCAAUUCUUUUAAUGGUCAACCAUGCUCAGAUUUUUAUCGCGGCGACGAGUCCGUAGUGUUAGUGGGCAGAAUGCAUCGUCGCAAAUACGGAAUCAACGAUUACUUAGUAAUCGUAAUAUUGUUCAAUGCAGGGUAAUACUAUUAGACGGAACGGACUUGACUAUCGAACUGCCGAAAAAAGCUCUGGCAAGUGACUUGUACGAACAAGUAUUUUACAGUUUGGAUUUGAUUGAGAAAGACUAUUUCGGUCUGCAAUAUACGGACAGCAACAAUGUACAGCAUUGGUUGGAUCCUACUAAACCUAUCAAAAAGCAGAUCAAGAUUGGACCACCAUACACGCUGCGAUUGAAGGUAAAAUUUUAUUCAUCCGAGCCCAACACAUUGCGAGAAGAAUUGACGCGCUAUCAAUUCUUUCUUCAAUUGAAACAAGACAUCCUAGAAGGAAGGCUGAAUUGUCCUCACCAAACUGCAGUUCAACUGGCAGCUCUUGCUCUUCAAUCUGAACUGGGUGAUUAUGAUCCUGCGGUUCACACAGCAGCUACAAUAUCUGAGUUCCGAUUCAUCCCGGGACAAACGGAGCAGAUGGAACUCCAGAUACUUGAAGAAUAUGCAAACUGUUCGGGCUUGAGUCCGGCUCAAGCGGAGUCAUCGUAUCUGAGUAAAGCAAAAUGGUUGGACAUGUACGGGGUGGAUAUGCAUAUGGUGAUGGGAAAGGACGCAUGUGAAUACUCGUUGGGAUUGACGCCAACGGGGAUUCUGGUAUUCGAAGGAAAUCAAAAGAUCGGUUUGUUCUUCUGGCCGAAAAUUGGACGUCUCGAUUUCAAAAAGAAGAAAUUAACGUUAGUCGUCGUCGAGGAAGACGACGAGGGACGCGGCGAGCAGGAACACACUUUCGUCUUUCGUCUCGUAAACGAAAAAGCGUGCAAACAUCUGUGGAAAUGUGCGGUCGAACAUCAUGCUUUCUUCAGAUUGAGAGCACCUGUCAAAGGCGCUAGUGGAAGACAAAAUUUCUUUCGAAUGGGCUCGCGAUUUCGUUACAGCGGAAAAACCGAGUUUCAAACGACACAGCUCAAUCGCGCUCGUCGAACUGUUCAAUUUGAAAGAAGACCUAGCCAACGUUACGCUCGUCGUCAAAGCCAUGUUCUCCGUGAACGACAACGACAACGAAAUGAUCAAGCUCCUCAAACUCCGGCUGCUGAAGAAGAAGUUUUGCAACGAUGUCCGAGCAAAUCGAGUUCCAAAUCAUCAGCAACCCAGGAACAAGAAACGGCCAACAUUGCAUCGUCACCGUUGAUGGAUUCUCUCUUGAAGUCUCUGGCAAAAGAUCAGCAACCACAAGAAACGAACGAAUCGACAGGAAUGACGAGUCAAAAAGAUUCGGAUUUAUCAAAACCGAGUUUCGCGGUACCAAUGACGGCCAACUUAGCCUCUUCACCAGUGCCAAAUAAUCAAAUCGGUGCUACAUCACUUACAAAUCCACGAUCACCUAUACCACCCGAAGCUUUGAAAUGCAAUAUAUUGAAAGCCAAAUCUUUGGACAUGCAAAAGAGCUCCAAUUUGCUUACCUUAACUUCGGUGGAAGAAUCACCCAAUGCCUUAAAGAAAAACCACUGCACCGAAGCAGCGACUAUCGUCUCAGUCAAUGUUUCGCUGCACCAUUCAAUACCAAAUUCAGAGCCCAGGACUUUUGAAUCCUCUAGUAAUAUUGAAACGUUGCCCGCGUCUCUCGAUGUGAAAGUCAGCUCGAGUCUCCGAAAAAUUUCCGGAGGCGACAAGCUUACGCUACCAGUGAGUGGAGGAAGUACAACGACAAAUGCCAUUGAAGAAAUAGUGACAGUAACGCACUUUUCUGUCGACGAUUGGGGCCAAGUUGAACAAAAGACAACGCCAGCUGUUACAAACUCUAUGAAUAAUCAUCUUCAAAAUCCAUUUAAUCCGUUUAUACGCGAAAAUGAAGUUAAUUGUACAGAAGUUAAUGACGAGGCUGUUACGGUCGGCAAAGAAUGGGCUGAAGAGCCGAAAAAAAGUACAAAUCCGUUUAUCGAUUCAAAUCCUUUUUUGGGAUCGCUGAAUCCGUUCAACGAACCGCAAUACGAUGACGAGAAAAAAGAAGAAGAACCGAAUCAAGAAGCGGAUGUUAAAAUUACGAAAAACGAUGACGUCGAUAGCAGCCCUACAGCUGUCCCUAAUAAGGAUGAACGUAGUACAGUAUCAGAUAUAAGUCCAUGGUUCGUCGCAGAUCCGUCACCAGCUGCGCAUCCCGUGGAAACAUCAUUGACUAAUAAUAAGCCGUCAGUUAUAAAGAGGAAAACGGUGAUAACUACUCAACUUUAAUGGCGAAUAGAAUAUUUUUGCAAAACGAAUUGAAACGAAACAUUCCUUAAGUUACUUAAUUACUGGUCGUAUAUAGAGAAAUUUUACCUGGUAUUGAAUAUUCCAGCGUGACGUAUUUUUUGUCACAAUUUAUGAAAUAAAGUUUAUACUGCCUAAUUGAGACAGUAUCAUGCACUGUCGAGUUUAAAUAAAUGCGCUUUGAAAGCUCGUUGAAAA